AUGAAGAUAGGGCACACUUUCUCCUCCGUUGCGCAUCCUCAAGGCAACGGUCAGGUAGAAUGUGUCAACAAAAGUAUCGUUGACGGGAUAAAAGCCCGUCUGGGCACAAAGAGAAGAGGAUGGGUCGACGAGCUUCCAAGCAUCCUAUGGGCUCACCGAACCAUUCCAAAGACAAGCACUGGCGAAACUCCUUUUAGCCUAGUAUACGGCUCAGAGGCAGUUAUCCCAGCUGAAGUUGGACUCCCCUCACCACGCUUGAUGGCGGUCAACACGAUUGAUAACGAAGCAGAGCGUCGUCUUGACCUCGAUUUACUAGAAGAGAGGCGCGAAAUUGCGCAGAUUAAAGAAGCAAAGUAUAAAACACAGCUGGAAAGGAUAAUCGGUCAGUUAGCAGCUCAAGAAAUCAAAGAAGAUUAA